CGCCAUAUCCUCUACCAUGGCAUACUUGAAGGUUUCUGGCACCAAGGUCGUCGACCAGAAUGGCAAGGAGAUCAUUCUGCGCGGCGCCGGUCUCGGUGGAUGGAUGAACAUGGAGAACUUCAUUACUGGCUACCCCGGAUGCGAGUUCCAGAUUCGCGCUGCUCUCGCCGGCGUUGUCGGUGAGGAGAAGUCGGAGUUCUUCUUCGACAAGUUCCUCGAGUACUUCUUCACAGAUGCCGACGCGGCGUUCUUCAAGAGCCUCGGCCUGAACUGCAUUCGUCUUCCCUUCAACUAUAGGCAUUUCGAAGAUGAUAUGAACCCGCGGGUUUUGAAGCCUGAGGGGUUCAAGCACCUUGACCGGGUGAUCGACCUUUGCGCAAAACACGGCAUCUACACCAUCCUCGACCUCCACACCGCGCCCGGCGGGCAAAACACCGACUGGCACGCCGACGCGGGCACGCACAUCGCGAAUUUCUGGACGCACAAGGACUUCCAGGACCGCAUCGUGUGGCUCUGGGAGGAGCUCGCGAAGCACUACGUCGGGAACACGUGGAUCGCGGGCUACAACCCGCUCAACGAGCCCACGGACCCGUACCACACGCGCAUCAUCGGCGUGUACGACCGCCUGUACGAGGCGAUCCGCAAGAUCGACCCGCACCACGCGCUCUUCCUCGACGGGAACACGUUCGCGUCCGACUUCUCGCACUUUGGCGACGCGCACAAGCGCUGGGACAACGUCGCGUACUCGAUCCACGACUACUCCGUGUUCGGCUUCCCCGCCGCGCCCGAGCCGUACACGAGCACGGAGACGCAGCUGCGCCGCCUCCGCCGCAGCUACGAGAAGAAGCGCCAGUGGAUGGACGAGCGCGGGCUGUGCGUGUGGAACGGCGAGUGGGGCCCCGUGUAUGCGCGCAAGGAGUACGAGGGCGAGCGUACGGACGCGAUCAACACGGAGCGGUACCAGGUGCUCAAGGACCAGCUUGACAUCUACAACAAGGAUCGUCUGAGCUGGUCGAUCUGGCUGUACAAGGACAUCGGCUUCCAGGGCAUGGUCUUCGUCUCGCGCGAAACGCCGUACAUGACGCUCUUCAAGGACUUCCUCGCGAAGAAGCACCGGCUCGCGAUCGACGCGUGGGGCGCGGACGAGUCGCACAUCCGCCCCGUGUACCAGCCCCUGAUCGACCUCAUCAAGCAGGAGGUGAAGCCGGAGCACCAGAGCCUGUACCCGGCCCCGGUGUGGAAGCUCACGGACCGCAUCGGCCGGCUCUCGCGCAACAUCCUCGUUUCCGAGUUCCUCGUGCAGGAGUGGGCGGAGCACUUCCGCGGGAAGAGCGAGGCGGAGCUCGACGAGAUCGCGCGCAGCUUCAGCUUCGAGAGCUGCUUGCACCGCGAGGGGCUCAAUAAGAUCUUGACGGACAACGCGACCUUGGUGGCGCAGGAGAACUGAGCGGCGGCGGAAUUAUAGUGAUAGAUCAUGUAUUAUAGCGCUGUGCGUUUGUUUUCUACCAUGCAGACUCGCUUGAACAAC